AGGAAAAACAAAGAAAAGAGCCCCCUCAAUCCUUCUUCUUAACUAAUUUGUCACCUAUUGAAGAAGGCGGGCUGGCGACCGGAGAUCCACCCAUGGCGGCGGCGGCGGCGGCAGAGGAGAAGAAGAAGGUGAUGGUGGCGAUAGAUGAGAGUGAUUGCAGCCUCUACGCCCUCGACUGGACGCUUCGGAAUCUCAGGGAUUCCAUGGCCAACUCUGAGCUCCUCCUCCUCACCGUCCAGCCCCUCUCCGAUUACGGCUACCUUUACGCUUCUUCCAUGGGCGCUGCUCCCCCACAGUUGAUCAGAUCUUUCCAGGAGAGUCAAGAGAAGGUUGCUGUGGCUCUGCUAGAGAAAGCUAAGGAAAUAUGCAGUGAAAACGGGGUAGCCGCAGAGACGAUGUCGGAGGUUGGAGACCCGAAAGAGGCCAUUUGUGAAGCUGUAGAAAAGCUCCACGUCCAGUUGCUGGUGCUGGGUAGCCAUGGCCGUGGAGCUCUCAAGAGGGUUUUCCUUGGGAGUGUGAGCAACUACUGUGUUCAGAACGCCAAGUGUCCAGUUCUUGUUGUGAAGCAUCCUCUCUAAUAUGUAAUCGUCCACGGCGCCUUUGUUUUUUUUUUUUUUCUGUAAGUACACCCCUUUGUUGUAUCUUAUUCCUUAUAUGUAAUACAUAUAUUAUGCAAACAAGUGUUAAUUAAUAUUUAUGGUGUGUAAUUAAUUAA